GUUGGUGGAUCAUCGGAUGAGCGGCAUCCUGGCAGAUGACAUGGGCCUGGGAAAAACUGUUCAAUCGCUUUCGCUACUCGCGUUUCUGGCCGACAGCCGCGAUCAGCAAGGACCACACUUGGUGGUGGCGCCACUGAGCACUCUCCAAAACUGGGUUGACGAGAUCAUACAGUGGGUCCCAAGCUUCCGCUACCUUGUCUACCGUGGCAGUGAGCGGAACCUAUCUGCUGCCGAGAAGGCCAUUAUGUCGCCAGACCAAAAUACCAACAUCAACCUGGUUCUCACUACCUAUGAGACUGUGGCAAGCCGCUUCACAUUCCUGGGCCACUAUCCUUGGUAUUGCGUGGUAGUGGACGAGGGGCAUCGCAUCAAGAACUUCCAAGCUCGCAGCAGCCAGGCGGUGAGGCGCCUGCCCUGUCAGCACCGCUUGCUUUUGACUGGAACGCCGAUCCAGAACUCACUUCGAGAACUGUGGAGCCUCUUGUCCUUCGUGGCUCCCGGCGCCUUCAACUCGCUGGAGAACUUUGAGCAGUGGUUUGCUUUGCCGCCCCCGCCGUCUGUCCGCCUGGGAGCCCAAGAGGCUGAGGAGGCCGAGAUGAGCCAGUUGCUCUCUGAAGAGGAGGAGCUGCUGAUCAUCCAGCGCCUGCACAAGGUGCUUCGCCCGUUCCUCCUCAGGAGGACGAAGGAACAGGUCCUCACGGACCUUCCACCCAAGACAGAGGCAGUGAUUUGGGUUCCACUGUCGUCUUGGCAGAAGGUGUUGUAUCGGAAGGGCCUCCGCACAAUCCAGCGUGUGGCAGGCCCGGCAAAAUCGAGUUCGGGCGGCGUGUCCGCCAAUGCCAUGUCGGGAAUGGCCUUGCGAAAGGCUGUAAAUCAUCCUUACCACUACCUGAGCAAGAAGGCUGCGUCUGGGCGGCCUGUCGAGGAGCUGAUUCGGGCUUCGGGCAAGCUUGAGUUCUUGGACCGGCUGGUGAAGCUGGGUCACAAGAUUCUUAUCUUUGCGCAGAUGCGGACCUCCCUGGACUUCCUUCAGAGGCUGUUGGAGCACCAGGGCCUUAACUUCUCGCGCAUCGACGGGUCCACGCCCUCGACGAAGCGUGCAGAGGCCAUUAGCAAUUUCAGGCGCGAUGCCUCGAUCACUGUCAUGCUGCUGACAACGAAAGCUGGUGGCUUGGGCCUGAACUUGCAAGCUGCGGACACUGUCAUCCUGUUCGACAGCGACUGGAAUCCGCAGUCCGACCUUCAAGCCUGCGAUCGUGCUCAUCGGAUUGGCCAGACGCGGCCUGUGCUCGCUGUGCGCCUCAUGACGCCCACGGCCAUGGACCGGGGUCUCUUGGAGCGAAGCACCAGGAAGCUGCAGAUGGAGAAGAAGAUCAUCCGGGCCGGACACUUCUCUGACUCCUCUGCUGAGAUGUCCAAGUCGCUGCUCAUGCAGUUGGUGAAGGAGGCACGUCAGACGAGCAAGGCUGGGAGCGGCCAGCGUGCCAGCAGCUUGGCGGAGAUGAAUCGGCUGAUGGCCCGGUCGGACGAGGAGACGGACACUUUCACUCAGCUCGAUCGUGGCUUAUUGGGUGAGGCGAACGAUGCGGGCACCACAGAGGAGCCAGAAAGCGGUAGCAGCUCUAAUAAAAGCUGUAUGUAUCACGUGCCCGUAGUGUAUCCGAAUCGGGGCCGAUGA